AUGUGGCUCGGCGGCUGGGUGUCUCACCCUUGGACGGUGAGCAAGAAGCACCAGACGCUGGUGAACCAGAACAGGCAAGAAUGGUCGGGCCGCACGUCCAGGCGCUCGGUCGAGGAGAACGGCUAUUCGGCGAAGCGGUCAAGCGAGACGGGCAGCCGCGCGGCUGCGAAGGCGGCGACGAACGGCGCGGCGUCAGAGGGCGGUACCGAGAAUGCCCUCCCCGGAGUCGCGCUCAUCGUGCUCGGCAUGCAGGAGAUGCGCCGCGAGCUCGCGACGAAGAACUGCGUCAAGGCCAUCAAGGACUUGCUCAAGUGGAGCCACAAGAACACGGACAAGAUCCACACCAACGUGUUCACGCUGGAGACGUCGCGUGAGCUCAAGGACGCGUCGCGGUGCAACACGAUCAAGGAGGUGGCGCGCCUGAUGCGGCCGUCGGACAAGGUGCUCCGCAUCCUCAACUCCGGCGUCGACGGACAGGCCCCGAGCCUCCAGGACCUGCGCGGCAUGCUCCAGGACUACGCCAUCGGCACGGUGUUCGUGUGCGGCGUGCUGGAGAAGUCGUGGGCUGCUGCGCUGGCGAAGGACCUGGGCGACAAGUUCCGCAUCGUCGCGGUGCCCGAGGCCAUCGCCGCCUACGACCUGACGGGCGUCCCCGUGGCCGACCUCGCGCGGUUCUUCGAGGAGGAGGACUUCGGGCAGGAGGUGAACUACCUCAGUGUGCGCGAGCUGACCCAGCAGGGCAACCGCGGCAGCCUGGACGGCGCGGGGCACGCGGCCCACGAGGCGCCGGACACGCGCAGGGACAAGCCGCCGAAGAAGGAGAAGCCGCCGAAGAAGGAGAAGCCGAAGAAGCAGACGUCGCAGCUCGCGAAGGCUCCGACGCAGAACCAGAUGAUGGAGCAGGCCAAGCUCUUCGAGCAGCACAUGAUGCAGCAGCACAACUACGAGCAGCAGCAGGCCAUGGCGCAGCAGCAGCAGAUCCUGCAGCAGCAGCAGUACAUGCAGUCGCCCCAGGCGCAGCAGCAGGCCAUGAUGUCGGAGGCUGCCCAGCAGCAGUACCAGCAGUUCAUGCAGCAGCAGUACGCGCAGCAGCAGCAGUACAUGCAGCAGCAGCAGUACGCGCAGCAGCAGUUCAUGCAGCAGCAGCAGCAGGAGCAGCAGGAGCAGCAGCAGCACCUGCAGGCCAUGGAGGCGGGCCCGAGCGGCGUCAACUCGGCCGGACCUAUCCCUGCGAUCUGA